AUGAGCGCUUCGGAAUUCCUAGAAUCGUCCCCAAUUUCUAUCGAUGAUGUCCCAAUUGACUUCGAACUCCCAGUGCCUUCCACGCCUGCUUCUUCUGCCGAGAGCUCAUUGACGCCGUUCUCCCCGCCGCCGACGACAUUGCCCACUCCUGAUAAGUACGAUACGCGUCUUUGGGGACAUUUUCCGGGUUGGGUAUGGUCAGAAAGAAGCAAAGACAACUACUCAUGGGCUUGGGAAUAUGGAUACGACAUACAACAUGACGACGAGCGCAGAUGGGUCUGCAAGCCGUGUAUUCAGAAGAACGACCCCAGACCUAAGAAUUUCGUUGCUAUUGGCCUUCAGAAUGCGCUGAAUCACUUAUACAAGGAUCACGGAAUAUCUGCACCAGAUAACAAGACAAAGUCCGGCUUGCAAAAGAAAGCCGAGGAGAAGCCAGGGAGCAAGAGGCCAAGAUCGAUUGUGGAUAUAUGGAAGCUCGACCCUUUAAGACCUCGAGAACAGGCGAUUGCCAACUCUAUGAUACGCGGAUUUAAUCGAAAUCACUUUCAACGUCUCCUGAUCGAGUGGAUAGUCGACACGAAUCAGCCCUUUAGUAUCACGAACGCCAACAUCUCUGAUACCACAGUUCGCGCGCUCAUCAACUCCGAAUUUAAAAAGCACAAGGCGCGCGUCAUUGAAGCCCUGCGAAAGAGCCCCGGCUUAAUACACGUCAGCUUUGACGGAUGGAGGGCGCGGAAUCGACACUCAUUAUACGGUAUCGUGUGCUUCUUCAGGGACGAGAAUAGCAAGCCCCACAAGGUCGCUCUGGGGGUCCCCGAAGUCCGCAGACAUUCGGGGAACAACAUUGCAACAGAAGUCCUUUAUACCAUCGAGGCUUUUGGCAUCGAGGAGAAUAUUGGGUAUUUUACCCUUGAUAAUGCAGAAUGGGCGAGAACAACGCACAGCACCUAUAAGAAGAGCUAA